GGGCUGAGAUGGGACCGGGAAGGGACCGGGAUGGGACCGGGAUGGGGCCGGGAUGGGGCCGGGAAGGGGCUCCCGGUGACGGCCCCGUUUCCCCCCUCCAGCCCCGCGGCGCUGAGCGGCCUCCGGGUGCUGCCCAGUGCCGAAUGGGACCCGCGGCUCCAGCCCGUGCGGUGCUUCCUGAACCUCAGCACCAAGAGGAAGGAGUACUCGGAGCGGCGAAUCAUAGGGUACUCCAUGCAGGAGAUGUACGCCGUGGUGGCCAACGUGGAGGACUACAAGCACUUUGUGCCCUGGUGCAAGCGCUCGGUGGUGCUGGCGCGGCGCGCGGGGCACCUCAAGGCCCAGCUCGAGGUCGGCUUCCCCCCGGUGCUCGAGCGCUACACGUCCAGCGUCACCCUGGUGCGCCCGCACCUCGUCAAGGCUGUUUGCACCGAUGGGAAGCUCUUCAACCACUUGGAGACCAAUUGGCGCUUCAGCCCCGGCAUCCCCGGCUACCCGCGCACCAGCACCGUGGACUUCUCGAUCUCCUUCGAGUUCCGCUCCCUCCUGCACUCCCAAUUGGCCACCGUGUUCUUCGACGAGGUGGUCAAGCAGAUGGUGGCCGCCUUCGAGCGCCGCGCGGCCGCCAGCUUCGGGCCCGAGACGCGCAUCCCGCGGGAGCUCAUGUGCCACGAGGUCCAUCAGACGUGAGGGCGGCCCCGGGGCACGGACUGGGACUGGACCCCCCCCCAAGCUAUUUAUAUGG